AUGCAGAGAGGCGGUGACGGAGGAGGUGGCGCCGCCGCGCCUACUGGCUGCUUCAAGUGCGGCAGGCCGGGUCACUGGUCGCGGGAUUGCCCCUCCGGCAACACUGCGAAUCCAAGCCCUGGUUUGAGCUCCAGUUCCAAGCUUCCUCAGGGAAGUAAGAGGCUAUUUCCAGGGAAAGACAAGGCUGAUGGUGCCGGUUCUUCGAAUCCCGCCGCCGAGAACAAGAAGCCCCCCAGGACGCGGCCGAAGCUGACGCCGGAGUUACUCCUCUCCGACGAUGGGAUCGGCUACGUUCUCCGCCACUUUCCCCGAGCAUUCAAGUGUCGUGGCCGCGGACACGAGGUAUUCUUGAGAGUCAUUUGGAUCGUGUCCUUUAAUGCGGAUGAUGAGCCGUGUCACGUUCCUUGAUGCGGUCGUGAAAUUUGAUAUUGUUGAAGCUUGUGGAUUCUCUAUUUGUUCCGUAUUGUAGGUUGACGAUUUGGGAAGGUUAAUUGACCUAUAUGCGGACUGGCACUCCCGCUUGAUUCCAUACUACUCAUUCAGUCAGUUCGUUCAGAAAGUGGAGCAGGUCGGAGCCUCCAAGCGUGUUAGGGUGAGCGUCAACGUUUCUUGGUCAACUGCUGUUCAUUUUUUAAACGAAGUCAAACAACAUUUCUACGACGAAUAUCCCAAGGAUUCACGCUCGGAUAUCCACAACAUUUCUUUAUUUAGGAUUCUAACACAGAACGGGCGGCCGUCGGUGAAAUGAGGGAAGAUGUUUUCUGUGAGAAGUAAAAGAUAAUCACUGACGCAGAAUUAUUCCUUUCUACAUUACUAGGGAUGCACGAUUUUUUGCUUGUAUUCUAGUAGUGUGAUGUGCUUUUCGCUGUAUGGUUCUGUACAUGUUAUUUAGUUUGCAGGACAAGCGUGAUCGAUGACGUAGCCUGUAUUUUAGUCUAUUCAUGCCUUUGCGCAGAAAAAUUAGAAAGAACCAUGUAUUCGCUUGACAUCAACGAAAUAGAAUCGUGAUAUUACCUUGAAAACAUGAAAGAAUGGCUUAUAAUUGUGGACUGCGUUUCAUUAUCUCAUACUUUGAUGUUUUGCGUCCUGUUUCUCAGAGAUGUAUUGAUGAAUUGAGACAAAGGAUUGCCGACGGUGGGGAUCCAACAAAACUGCACGAACCACCGACUGCACAAGCAGUUCCAGAUCAGGAGCCUGGUAAUUUUAUUUGCCAUCUGAUUUGCAAUGCAUGGUUCAAUGAAUUAUUCAGAAAAUCUGACGAGAAUUGGCGUUUUUGAGGAAAUCAUUAUACAUUUUGCAAACUUGACACACAUACUGUCACAUCGCCCAUUUGAAUAACAUUUUUUCACGAAUGAUGAUUGUAAUGAUGAUCAUGAUAAGAUAAAACUGGAGGGGACAUUCAAACGCCAAUUAUUCGUUUCUAUUUUUGCAUCUUACACGAAUGAACUCUUAGAUAUCCUCCAGACUUCGGGAUGGCAUUCUAAUUAUGCUCUACUGUUCUUACGAACUUGAUUGCUUUUUGAACAGAAGAUGGAGGUGUGCGAAAAGUGGAUCCUGCUUUUGAUGAUUCGGACCCACCGUUAGAAAGUGGUGAUAUAGAUGAUAAUCAAGAAGAAAUGAUUAAUGAGGUAUACCACACGGCUACAUAUGUAAGUUCCAUCUCUCUUCCUUGUCUAUAUAUGUAGCCUUCUCAUUCGUGUAUCAUGUGAACUUGGUCCCAGAGUGAAAGAUUAUGCUGUCAGAGGAAUACUUAAACAAUUUUUUUGACCAGGUUUUCGGUUACCAUUUUAAAUUUCUUUAGAACAUAAUUAAUGGCAGGCGUAAUAAAGAUUUAUGAACGAUAAUCUCUGAAGUGUUUUCUUCUAAAAUUCAACGAUUGCUGGUUUAUAAACUAAAUUUUUUGUAGGGAUAAUAGCAUAUGAAAAGGAUACCUGCGUAGGCUUGUUGCUGCCACUGGGAUCUGUCUGCUCUCGCGACAGUGACUUUUGUAGUCGUUCCUUUUCUUAUUUGUUUUUUUCUUCCAGCUCUCCUUCUCCAUGAAUAGAUUUCGGAGUUCCAUACUGGUUUCUAAAUGGUUAUCUUACCGUUUUUGCGGAUUGCAGGGCUUUGUUGACGUACGAAUGGUCUUACUUUCCCGCUAAUUUUUCAAAUAAACAGAUAAUAACUUAUUUGGUAGCAUUAGGAGAAAAUCUGUUUGUACAAUUUAAACGCUUUUCAAAGGUAACCCAUCAGAACUCUGGUAGCUAAGUGAGAUUCUGAACCCAGCUCCACCACAGAUGCCGUUCAAUCUCCUACAUGGAAGAUGAUGAUAUCGUUGAUUCAUAUGUUCAAUCUCGACUAAUUCUUCCUUGAUUCAUCUGUUCCUGCUCAUUAUUAUUUUCCAUUCUAAUUUUUGGGCGGAUUUGUCCCUGAAAAAAUGAUGAUACAGCUUAAGUCAGCCCUUUCCCGCUCUAAUCCCCGUACAAUGCUCACAGUUCUUCUCCAAGAUUCUCCUCAUUCGAUGCAUGCAAGAAUCACUAAUUUCUCUCUUCUUUUUUUUUUGGAAACUGAUUUGUCGUCAGAUUUGAUGCAAUAAUCAUUUAGUUUCAUCUCCCGCAUCAGGAACCCUCCCACCCUCUUCAUCGGGGAUCUCAGGGUUCAGCCGCUUCUGAAGGGAACCCAGAGAUCUCCGCAACGUUGGCUCUGUCGACCGACCAAGGGACAUCUGAGAAGAGCGAAGCCGAGAUCACGGAGGAGCAGAGAACUAGGAUGGAGGCCAACAGGGUCAAGGCCCUGGAGAGGGCCGCGGAGAGAUCUCGCUCUCUGCCUGUCCUCUGA